CACAAUGCACCACGGCGGGCAGCCUUUGAAAAAGCGGCGCGGCUCGUUCAAGAUGGCGGAGCUCGAUCAGUUGCCUGACGAGAGCUCUUCAGCGAAAGCCCUUGUCAGUUUAAAAAACGGAAGCUUAUCUAACACAUGGAAUGAAAAGUACAGCUCUUUACAAAAAACACCUGUUUGGAAAGGCAGGAAUACAGGCUCUGCUGUGGAAAUGCCUUUCAGAAAUUCAAAACGACGUCGGCUCUUUUCUGAUGAAGACGAAAUAAAUACAAGGUCACCUAAAAGAAAUCAGAGGGUGGCAAUGGUUCCACAGAAAUUUACAGCAACAAUGUCAACACCAGAUAAGAAGGCCUCACAGAAGAUUGGUUUUCGAUUACGUAACUUACUCAAGCUUCCCAAAGCACAUAAGUGGUGCAUAUAUGAGUGGUUCUACUCAAAUAUAGAUAAACCACUUUUUGAAGGCGACAAUGACUUCUGUGUGUGUCUAAAGGAAUCUUUUCCUAAUUUGAAAACAAGAAAGUUAACAAGAGUAGAAUGGGGAAAAAUCAGGCGGCUUAUGGGGAAACCACGGAGAUGUUCUUCUGCAUUUUUUGAGGAAGAGAGAUCAGCAUUAAAACAGAAACGGCAGAAAAUAAGGCUCUUACAACAAAGGAAAGUUGCGGAUGUUUCACAGUUCAAAGAUCUCCCAGACGAAAUUCCUUUGCCCCUGGUUAUUGGAACCAAAGUUACAGCACGAUUACGUGGUGUUCAUGAUGGUCUGUUCACUGGACAGAUAGAUGCUGUGGAUACUCUUAAUGCUACUUAUAGAGUAACUUUUGAUAGGGCAGGGCUUGGAACUCAUACUAUCCCUGACUAUGAAGUUCUUAGUAAUGAGCCUCAUGAGACGAUGCCUAUUGCUGCCUUUGGACAAAAACAGCGACCUUCUCGAUUUUUUAUGACUCCACCACGGUUACAUUAUACUCCUCCUCUCCAUUUUUUGGUUUCUGGUUUUUUAAGGAAAACCCUGCCUAAGAUGUUAAUCUUGUAAAAAGUGUGUAUUUGGAAUUUUCUCUGUUUUAAUAUAGAAUAUUAUAAAGUCAAAAUAAAAUAAAUUGUUUUUAGAUUUGGAGU